CUGCUUCUCUGCCCUGGUUUCUCCCGAUCAGCGACAUCAGCAGCUCUCCACCCGACGAACGGCACCAUGUCACAUCAGACGGGCAUUCAAGCGGGUAAUGAUGUGAAAGAUAUCUUUGCCAGUGCCAAGAGCGGAGACCAAUACCGGGCCAUAAAGAUCGUCAUUGAGGAUGAGCAGCUGACUCUGGGCGCCACCAGGAAAGCGUCAAAGAAAUGGGACCAGGAGUAUGAUUCCAUCGUGCUGCCGCUCCUCGAGGACGAUGUGCCCUGCUACGUUGUCUACCGGCUGGACUCCACUAACAACCAGGGCUACGAGUGGAUCUUCCUGGCCUGGUCACCGGACCAAUCCAUCGUGCGACAUAAAAUGUUAUACGCUGCUACGAGAGCCACCGUGAAGAAGGAGUUUGGUGGCGGCCACAUCAAGGAUGAGAUUUUUGGAACCAUGAAGGAUGAAAUGAAUCUCAGUGGAUACAGGAAAUAUCUGAUCUCACAGGCAGCGCCCUUGCCUCUCACUGCAGCAGAGGAGGAACUGAGACGGAUUAAACUUAACGAGGUGCAGACGGACAUCAGCGUGGACACCAAGCAGCAGACUCUGCAGGGUGUGGCUUUCCCUGUUCACAAAGACGCCAUCGCAGCACUGGAACGUUUUAGAGACAAGAGAAUCAACUACGUGCAGCUGCAAGUGGACGCUGAGCAGGAGCUGAUUCGGUUGUCCAACACUGAUCCGACAGAGUUGAAAGACCUGCCAAUGAGAAUCCCUAAAGAGUCUGCACGUUACCACUUCUUCCUCUACAAACAUUCCCAUGAAGGCGACUACUUAGAGUCCACAGUCUUCAUUUAUUCUAUGCCCGGGUACAAGUGCAGCAUCCGAGAGCGGAUGCUGUAUUCCAGCUGCAAAAAUCCUUUGGUCGACAUGGUGGAAAAUAAGAUGCAGAUUGAGAUUGAGAAAAAGCUGGAGAUUGAUAACGGUGACGAGUUGACCAGUGACUUCAUGUACGAGGAGGUGCAUCCCAAGCAGCAUGCACACAAGCAGGCCUUCGCCAAGCCCAAAGGCCCGGCGGGGAAGAAGGGCUUCCGCCGCAUCACCCGACCACCCGGAGAUGGAAAGGAGGACGAUUAAAACAGACCUCAGCACCCGACCACCACCCUUCACCCUGCGCACGUUCCACAGUGGAACAUUCCUGUGAUGGGGGGAAAUCAUAUUUGACACGCUUGUUUAAAAAGAAUAAGACGACAACCUCAAAUUCCCAAACUAUGCACGCCAAGGACAACUGAGCAAUGUCACACUCAAGUAACUUCCAUUUGCAGCUUGCCAAAUGGAAGCAUAUUCAUGUAUGUUAGCACACUCACAAAAAAUAAUUCAUUCAAAGAGGCCCACACAAAUGAAACUUGAGGUUUUUACAUUGUUGCCAGGUCUGAGACUUGAAAAAACGUUAAUGUGACUGUGAACUUGCGCCAAUAUGAUGAAUUUCCCCCAUUUUGAGUUCACACGCUCAAAUUCCUAACUAUCAUUCCUUUAGUCUGUGUCAGUUACGUUUCAAUGUUUAUUGUGUUUCUACAUUUGUCUCCAACUGUUUGCACAAUGAGGUGCUCCAAAGCAGAAGAAGAUUAAGAAUGAUCCCACUUGUGUCUGUUGAUUCAUUUUAACAGUGCAUUUUAUAUUGGAGCAAUUUUUCCUUCUUUUUGAUAUAACUGUGGUUUACAUGAAAAAAAAAAUCAUCUGCUGAGAAACUUAUUUUUCUAUGCAAGUGCUGUAAAUGUACAUAUUGUAGCUGUGUGAUGCUCUAUGAUUAAGAAACAGUCUGUUCUGGUGAUCGUCGGUGAGGAGAACAGUGGAAAGAACAGGGGCUUCCAGAAAUAUUAACAUCGAUACAUCUCAGAUUUCGCAAAGAGGAAGCUACACACACUUUGCUGGUUCCCGUCAAUGAGGGAACGCAAAGCAAAAAGAAAGGGAUUUCUUUGAUUAAUUACCUUGAUCAACACGUUGCCACAUCCACUGGUCUGCUGAUUAAUAUUAGGCAAACUACUAAGCUCACCUCAUGUUUAAAGGGAAAAUCCCUUUACAUUCAUCGUGUCAUAAUAGAAAAAUUAAAUCAUGUUUGGUCUUAUUUGUUUUCUUACAAACCUUUCUUUUAAAAGAAGAAGAAUAAAAAAAUAUUUAAAUCACA